CGACCUGCACAUGCGCCUCAAGCCGCUGCUCAACCACGUCCCGUCGUUCAAGUUCGUCUUCCUCGCGUACCAGCUGUCGGCGCGCCUGUCCAAGUCGGCCGACUCGCCGCCGUCGGCGUCCAACGUGCGCAGGCUCGUCCUGCGCCUGUGCGUCGAGCACGGCCUGCACGCCCUGUACCCGGUCCAAGCCCUGCGCGCGCCGCCGACGGGCAAGUCGUCGCGCAGGUCGUCGCAGAGCAGCCAGUCGAGCGGCGUCGGGUUCACGCAGGCGACGAACAACAGCCGCGCUCACGCCGCCGGCGACAUUGUCGAGAAGGUCAAGGCGAUCGGCGAGCUGCGGGCUCGAGUCGAGGCGGUCGAGCUCGCGUGCGAGGCGUACGCCGAGUGGGCGUCGUUCCCGCUCAAGUCGUCCAAGUCGGGCUACCUCGACAGCCGCGGCACGGUCCGCAAAGGCCCGCUGCCGAUCAAGAGCUCGAUGCGCAUCCUCACCAAAGUCCGCGACCUCCCGAUCCCGGUCACGACUUUUCACCUGCCCGUCGUCGCCAGCGGCCGGUACGACGACUUUGCGCGCCUGCACCACUACGAGCCGACGUUCGACAUGGCCGGCGGCAUCCACCUGCCCAAGAUCGUCGUCUGCGUCGACUCGAACGGCGACCGGCACAAGCAGCUCCUCAAGGGCGACGACGACAUCCGCCAAGACGCCGUCAUGGAGCAGGCGUUCGAGCUCGUCAACCGGCUGCUCGCUCGCGACGAGGGCGGCCGACGCCGCAACCUCAAGAUCCGCACGUACAAGGUCAUUCCGCUCCAGAACAGCAACGGCCUGAUCGAGUUUGUCGCCAAUACGGCGCCGCUCGGCAACUUUCUCGUCGGCCUGUACGAGCAGAUGGCCCCAGGCGUCCAGAAGCGCGCCCGCGAGCAGCUGCGCAUCAUCGAGGGCAAGCACAAGAACCACCCGGACCGGCGCGACGCCGACAAGGACAAGGCGUUCCGCAAGAUCCUCACCGAGACGCCGCCGCUCCUGCGGUACCUGUUCUGGCAGAAGCACAAGGUGCCGUCGCUGUGGUUCGACAUGCGCCUCAACUACUCGCGCAGCGUCGCGACGACGUCCAUCAUUGGCCACGUCGUCGGACUCGGCGACCGCCACGUGUCCAACAUCCUCAUGGACGAGGCGCGCGGCGAGCUCGUCCACAUCGACCUCGGCAUCGCCUUCGACCAGCGCCUCCCGAUCCCCGAGCUCGUGCCGUUCCGCCUGACGCAGAACCUCGUCGACGGGUUCGGCAUGAGCGGCGUCGACGGCGUGUUCCGCCGGUGCUGCGAGGAGACGCUGCGCGUCCUGCGCGAGCGGUCGAGCGUCAUCAUGACCAUCCUUGGCGUCUUCAAGCACGACCCGCUGCAGAACUGGUGCGCCCCUUGCUCUCUCUCUUUCCUGGACGAGCCCCUCCCUAACGCACGAGCCGGUGUGCUCGCUCGCAGGGCCGUCUCUGCCGAGAUGGCCAAGCGGAUCCAGGGCUCGGACGACGGCGACGCGCGCGCGCUCGACGAGCUGCCGGACGACGCCGACCGCGCGCUCGCCAUCGUGCGCGGCAAGCUCGACGACCGCUUGUCGGUUCAGUACACGGUCAACCAGCUCAUCCAGGAGGCGACCAACCCGAGCAACCUGGCGCGCAUCUUUUCCGGUGCGUCCCCACUCGCUCUCUCUCUCUCUCUCUCUCUGUCCUGA